UCCUGGGUGCGACAUGCUGGGGAAACCCAGCUUCAAAGGCUUCUGUGAGCGCUGUUACUUAGCCAACCACAAGGGGUCACUGGACUCCCAGACACCAGAACCGAAAUCUGGUGGGCAGAGAAGCAGCCAGCUAAGUGAUGGACAUCACAGGCUCACAGCCAAACAGCUUCUGCCCAGCGAGAGGAAAGAGAAGACCACGGCCCACGUGGAGGAGAGGCGAAGCCCCAUUCGCUCGCUAGGAAGCGCCCAGGCUUCAGCUGAACUCGACAGGCCGAGGCCCUGUCGGAGGAAAGGGUGCACAAACUAUGGCAACUCCAGGUGUCAGGGACUCUGCAACAGCUGCUACAAGAGCCACAGCUGCUGAUUGCAGACCAGUAUUCUGGCCUGGGCCGCAGGGGCAGCAAAGCCCACAGAUUUAGAUGGCGCAGAUUUCUGCACUUUAACUUCACAUUCAUCUUUCAACUCGUCUGUUUUGAUCAUCCGUUUUGUCACCUAAAGAAGAAUAUGCGUACCUCACCUUUUUCACCUGUAAUAUGCAUACCUCAGUUCAACCCCGUAAGAGUGGUUCUAUAUUGUUUUUUUUUUCACCGAAAACAUUUACUGACCUCCCAUGACUCACCUCAAUAAAACAACAUUGCUGGCCAAUCAUUUUCCAUUAAAGUUCUUCAUGUUUCAUGAUUGCUCUGGGAUGUUUGAAAUUAAAGAGGGGUUACCUAUUCAUAAAAUUGGCACCUGUACUAUAUGUUUAAUGAGAUGUUUAUUUAGAGGAGGCCAAUGAACUAGCAACA